AUGACGGGCCCUUUUCAUACCUACGGGCCAAGCUGUCUUCUUGCCGAUGAGGAGCUGGAGCUCACAAGCUUUUAUGGGCUCUCCUCGCCGCCGGAGGUCCGCGCCCAUUUUUUCUACAUAUCGUCAUUGCCUAUAGACGAUCCAUUAGCUCCGCUCCCACCAGCAAGCGGUCAACCCGCUGAAAAAGAAAGGGUUCCGCCUAAACCAUUCUCUGCCCGGGACAAUCUUGCCCUUGAAGCGUCAUGGCGGGAAUUUAGUGCCGCGCGAAAAGCCCAAGAUGCCGUCGAGAGGGAACCUCGGUCAGAGACACUCAUCAAAGGUACUUCUGGAAUAGCGGUUCCAGGCCAAUCCGCUCUUUCUGUACAGCGCCGUCGCGAGGCCACUGGGUUGCAAAACAACUUCAGCUACUCAUCAACCGCCGACGACGGCGUCAGAAAUAUCGCCAGCAGCGGGGAAAAUGACCGGAAAAGGCGGUCGGCGGCUGCGGCUGACCCUUAUUCCACCAAAGGACGAAGACAUUCAUCUGAAGAUAAUGGUGAUCUUGAAGAAUGGCCAGCCGAUGGAACCAGCCUACGUGCCAACCGAUCUCGAGAUGCGAGCAUCAGUGGUUCCCCUUUUAUCAGAGCUCCAACAUCUCAGCCACAUAGUCUCCUCGGGCGCUCAGUAGAGUCACUCCAGCCAAAAGACGCAUCCCAAGAAUCGCAGGAGGAGCCACAGGGCAGUCCUACCAGCCGCAGUACCAAAAAGCCUUCGAAACUGAAGACCAUGGUCAGUUUGGAUGAGUUGACACAGGAUCAGUCCCAAGAAGAGUCAUCGGCAAAUGACUCGCAGUCUAAAAUCCCAGUUGGUGCAUCUCGUCUUCACCUAGUGGAAGUUCCGAGCCUCAAAAUGAAACCGAUAUAUUGGAGCCCUCUUCAUGACAUCUCCAAUGUUAUUCGGGCGACAUGGUUCUACAAAAACACGAUGUUGCCUGUAGAGACAGAUCUUGCCAAUCAAUUGGAGGAAGGAUACACGUACUUGAAGCCUUGGACUGAAACAUGGCAAGAUGAACUAAACAGCUGCGUGGAGAACGGUGCAGACGCCGAGAUGAAGAUUGUGCACCGACUCUGGCCCGAGGAGGAUCCAGGGUCUGCAAAUCCACCGGAAAGUGCUCAGGUAAACGUGGAAGAUAUCGAAGCCCCCCGUGAGCAACCUCAAGGGCAAUCUCAAUUCAAUCUGAAUCAUGCUGCUGGUGAAACCGCAGCUCAUGCAGAGUCUUUAAAGCCGUAUGCCACGUCAAGUGCUAUUUACGCGGAUGCUCAGAAUGCCCAAAUUUUGCGCCCUAGCUUGCUUCCCUCGGUCACCCGUGGGAGGCGCCCUCUCAGUGCAAUUCGCAAAGGACGGCAGAUUGGCAUACCAGUAGUGCGUGGUUUCAAUCGAAAGGCGUGGGACCAAUUACAUCCGUCAAAGGCAAAUCCUGUCGACGUGCGUCAGUACAUCCGGAGGAACCAGUCCCCGCACUCCACGCCAACAUCAGGCGAGCAGAUCUGCUAUGCAUGCAAGAUGGAAGAACUACGUCCGAGCCCGACGGACCUGGUAUUCGUGAUCCACGGUAUUGGCCAGAAACUCUCUGAACGAAUGGAAAGCUUUCACUUCACGCACGCAAUUAAUGCCUUUCGCCGGCAGGUGAACAUGGAGUUGAACAAUGAGCCGGUCUGGCCUCAUGUUCGCCAGGAUCAUGGUGGAAUUAUGGUCCUUCCUGUAAACUGGCGGACGACUCUUUCUUUGGAGGACCCAUCCCUCGAAUCAUCCGACAUCGAAGAUCCCACUACUAUCAACUUUUCACUCUCGGAUAUUACGCCACAAACUCUGCCUGCAGUUCGGUCUCUGAUCAGCGAUGUGAUGCUCGAUAUUCCCUAUUACCUUUCGCAUCACAAACCUAAGAUGAUAAGAGCAGUUGCCAGAGAAGCUAAUCGAAUCUAUCGUCUCUGGUGCGAUAACAACCCAGAGUUUCAGCACCACGGCCGCGUACAUCUCCUGGCACAUUCGCUUGGAAGCGUUAUGGCAGUCGAUAUUCUCAGUCAACAACCCACGAAUGUUCCCGACUUUGACUUUUCCAAAACUCCAUUGCACAGCGAUAUUUUUGAGUUCGACACUCGCAACCUAUUUUUAUGUGGAAGCCCUCUUGGAUUCUUUUUAUUGCUCAAUAAAGCUAGUUUGAUGCCGCGAAGAGGUAGAGAAAAGCCUGGAAGUGAAGGCGAAGACCGGCUUCGGGGCGUUGCUGGAGAGCCAGGCAGUUAUGGUUGUCUUCCUGUUGAUAAUUUGUACAACAUCAUGCACACAACGGAUCCUAUCGCAUAUCGAGUGAAUGCCGCAGUAGAUACAGAUCUUUCUAACUCGCUUAAAACUGCAUCCAUACCUAGCGCGACGUCGUCCUUCUGGCAGUCUUUAGGCAGCGUCUUCCGCUGGAGCUCUCCGGGUGCUUUGAUGCCAAGCGCAGCGCCCAUCCGGCCCGCAGCGGUCACAAAGCUCCCGUCAACCGUUGAAAUGGAGACACAUGACUUCACACGCGAAGAAAUUGCUGAGAAGCGUAUGUUGUUGCUUAAUGACAAUGGCCAGAUCGACUACUACCUUUCCGGUGGCGGUGGUCCACUCAAUAUUCAGUACUUGAACAUGUUGAGUGCGCACAGCAGCUAUUGGACGCUCACUGAUUUCGUGAGAUUCUUUGUCGUGGAGAUUGCACGGAAGCAGGGACGCGACGGGACUCUGGUCGCUUUUCGGGCGGAGAAGAAGAAAGGGUGGAAAUAUUCAAAGGGUUGA